AACGAGAGGGGGAGGUAGUGAAGAACAUUGAGCUCGCAACCUCGGGACAUCGGCUUACAAUUACAACUACUUUAAACAAAGCCAGCAGCGAGAAAUAGACAGCGAAAUAGAGUGAAAUUGACAGAGAGAGGGAGUGAAAUUGACCAAGCAAUAACCUGGGGAUUUACAGCUAAAUCAAGUCUGAUUCGGUUUAUUCCUUUUUUUUAAGCACAGGAGCUCCGUGUGUGUGUGUUUUAAGCUUCUCUUAAUUGCAAUACAAUUAUCCCUGAAGCUCCAGUACACACACACACACCCCGAUACAAAUCGGCACAGAGUUACUCUGUAACCUUACAGUGUUCGCUAAUAAAGGACAUUGGUGUCUGAUCAACUCGUCCCCGUUGCAGCGACAAUCGCUGUCUCUCCCCCCUCUCUCUCUCUCUCUCUCCCUCGUUUACAAUCAUUAUUAAAUAAAGUCAGAAAGGUCACUUUUCAGCCGCCUCGGGAGUUUCCUGAAAGGAGAAAGCGUUUGGGCUUGUGACUGAAACCUCAGGUGGAUAAGAAUAAAUCCGAGGAGUCCUGUGACCUGAUGGGUUGCUGAGAUCCCCUCCAGAAGCAUUGAAGGAGCAUGGUAAAACAUCAACCACUUCAGUACUACGAGCCCCAGUUGUGCUUGUCUUGCCUGACUGGAAUCUAUGGCUGCAGGUGGAAACGAUACCAGAGGUCACAUGACAGUACGACCAAGUGGGAGCGACUAUGGUUCCUCAUCCUUUGCAUCACGUUCUUCCUGACUCUGGUCUGGUUCUACUUCUGGUGGGAGGUACACAACGACUACAAUGAAUUCAACUGGUACAUGUACAAUAAGAAAGGUUACUGGAACGACUGGUCAGUUCCUGUGCUCGUACUAGCUUCAGCUGGCUUCAUCUACGUCACGUUUUUACUGAUUUUAGCAUUAUGUCACAUAGCAGUGGGGCAACAGAUGAACCUGCACUGGCUACACAAGGUUGGACUGAUGGUGGUGCUGGUCGCUAUUCUCGUCGCCAUGAUCUCAGUCAACCAGCUGUGGAAUGAAGAAUGGGACAUAAUUCUCAUAUCAUUCCAAGCCACAGCACCUUUCCUACACAUUGGUGCAGUCGCUGCUGCUACAAUGCUGGCCUGGCUAAUUGCCGGACAAUUUGCUCGCUCAGAGAAAGUUGCUUUUCAGAUUUUCCUAAUCUUCGCAUAUUUAGGACUAUUAGUAGCACUUUACUUGGUCCCGCUGAUCAUCUACUCUCCCUGUAUUAUGAAGAGGGAAGAUUUGAGCCGAAGGCCAGCGAUCAUCGGAAACCGGGGUGUGCCAAUGCUGGCCCCGGAGAAUACCCUGAUGUCGUUCCAGAAAGCGGCCGAGUGGCGAGCAGAUGGUUUCAAUGUCAACGUCACAAUCAGCUACGACGGUGUUCCGUUCCUGACGCAUGACACAACACUGAGGCGGACAACCAACGUGGAGCAGCUCUAUCCUGGCCGGGUGCUUGACAAUGCCGCCAUGUUCAAUUGGACUGACCUGCAGAUGCUGAACGCAGGCCUCUGGUUCUUUCAGGAGGAUCCGUUUUGGACAGCCCAGGCACUCUCUCAGAAAGAUAACGCUGAGGCUUCGAACCAGUCACUCUGCAAACUGGUGGAGGUGCUCCAUCUGGCGGCUCGGUGGAACAAGACUGUGAUGGUGAACCUUUGGCGGCCACCGAAUGAACACCCCUUCCACUCUUCCUGGAUCAACAUCACCCUAGAAACCAUCCUGGAGUCCGGAAUUUCCCAGGACCUGGUGAUGUGGCUCCCGGAGGAGGACAGGCAGUUGGUUCGUCAAAUCGCACCAGGCUUCCAGCAGAUGUCUUCCAUGAAGCAAAACGUGACUACGCUACAUGAGCAAGGCAUUACUGGAUUAAACCUGCGCUACAAUAAAGUCAACGCCAAGGAGAUGAGAGAGUACGCGUCAGAAAAUAUCAGCACCAACCUGUACCUGGUGAAUGAGCCGUGGCUGUUCUCGGUGCUGUGGUGCGCUGGGGUGCGAUCGCUUACUUCUGAUGCUUGCCAAGUUCUCAGUAAGUUGCGAACUCCCACCUGGAUAAUGUCUCCUGAGGAAUAUUACAUGAUCUGGAUAACCUCUGACAUCAUUUCAAUCACCAUCGUGGUGGGAAUAUUCAUCCUGCAAAAAUGGCGAUUGGGUAGCAUGAGGACCUAUAACCCGGAACAGAUUAUGCUGAGCGCAGCAGUCCGCAGGUCAAGCAAGGACGUCAAUAUAAUGAAAGAGAAACUCAUCUUUGCAGAGAUCAACAACGGCGUGGCCAACUCCGACGAUGGCUCCCUCUGCUCUGAGAGCGGCUUUGACGGGUUUACGCACGAGGCCGUCAGCCCCCUGGGACGUCGUGGGGCCAAGUUGCGGAUCAACUGAGAGGCGCCUGCGGCCUUCGUCUUUUCUCCUUCGUGAUGCCUGGUUUUGGGAGCAAAUCCAUCGGCCACCAUCCCCGUCUUCUCCCCCCCCCCCCCCCCACCCCCUC